AUGGCGCACGCCGAUACCCAAUCCCCGGCAUCCAAAAAGCUCGAGUCGCGACCCAAGAAAGCGAAGGAUUCUCCCACCACCGAAGACGAUACCAAGCUAGAGAAGAAGGACAAGAAGAAGCGCAAGAAGUUUGAGUCCGAAGAAGCGGCGCCCGAGACAGAUGGCGAAUUGAAGAAGAAAAAGAAGCGCCGUCACGCCGAAGACGAUGGCGAGCAGAAGGACAAAGACACUGAAUCGCGCAAGAAGAAGAAGCGAGUCUCAUUUGGACCUGGAACGAAGGAGAAUGACGGUGACUCCGACAGCGACUCCGACGCCGCUGAGAGCAACGAAGCCGCCGUCUCUGACGGAGCCGACGCAGACAUCGAAGACAAAGAGGCCGAUAAGGCCCUUGAAGAGAUGAAGAAGCGGAAGCGCGAGAAGAAGAAGCAAAGAAAGACCGGCACUGUCUCGACCGAAGGCCAAAUUCACGAGACCCCCAUCCUCUCCUACUUAAGUCACUACCACCGAGCACGCGAAACAUGGAAGUUCCAGAAGAACCGUGAGACCAACUUGUUCAAGCACCUGUAUUCCCUUGAGCAUGUUCCUGCCCGCUACAACACCUCCUUGCUGGUCUACAUUCAAGGUCUGAAGGGCGAUGCUGCCAAGCAAAGAAUGAGCGAUGCCGCGAGAGAUGUGAUCAAAGCCGACAUGGACCUUGACAAGCCAAAGGAUGACGAAGCGGAGGAAACAACAGACCCUGCCUACCAACAGGCCAUCGAAUCAUUCAGGGAACGCCUUUCCGAGGGUAGCGAGGAUCUGGAUAACUCCGACAUCCCCGAAGAAUUGAGCGCAGACGCCCAAAAGCGUCUGCCCAAGAGACAGCGAGGAGAGCUGGUCUUCUUCGCUGUAACCGGCAAGCUGUUCAGCGCCGAGGAUGCGAAGCCGAAACGCAAACCCAAGGUCGUUGAGCCUCCAGCCAACAAGAAGCGGAAGAACAGAACCAUGGUCGUCGACAUCAGCAGCAGUGAGAGUGACAGCGACGAUGACACUCCAUCUUCCAAGAAGAGUGUUAGCAAGUCUGCGCCGGAUAUCAGCGAUGAUGAGACCUCCUCCAGCGGUAGCAGCAGCGACAGCAGCAGCAGCAGCAGUGAUAGCGAUGACUCUGAUGCUGUUGCCCCUACCCCUGCUCCCGCCAAGCAGCCUGCACCGACGUCCUCCGGCCCCAGUGAAGUGGCGCCAAAGAAGAAUGCUAAGAAGCAGAAGUUUGUCCCUGAAAAGAAGGAACCCAAGGCGCCCAAGAAGACACAGAAGCGAAAGCUCCGAACUGCCCAGAUCGAGAUCUCGAGCAGUGAAAGUGAUAGCGAUUAG